AUGUCCGUGUCGCUGCUACGCUCCCGCUUGAGCCACCUUGCUCGCUCGCGAGUACCUCUGCGCACGCCGCUCGCAUCCCGCACCGUCCCCGCCGCCAGCUUCACCUCCUCAGCUCCUCAUCACAACGCAACUCCGGACUGGGAGCAGCUCGUCGGCGGCCGCGCCGGGAUCGAGCGGAAACGGCAGCAGUUCGAAGAGAAGUAUCGAGCAGCGCUAGAGGCCAAGGCCAAGGCGGAAGGGCUCAGUGUCGACGAGCUCAAGGAGCGGGUCAGAACUUCGAACGUCAUGGCCGCGCGACCGGAAACGACAAAGUCGGCCGGGCAGGAGUCGCUGGGACCGGUUGAGGCGGGCAGUAUGGACCCGAGGAAGUCGGAGGAAGAGCUCAAACAGCCAGAGGUUGUCAAGCCGUUGCCGUCGGCCGAGGAGCAGGGAGGAGCGAAGGCGGAACAGGCGUCGAGGCAGGGAGACAGCCCCGUCAAGCCUCUGAACGACAUCAUGGACCUCUCGAAGGCGUCCGACCUGACGACUCCGGCUCUCUCGCAGCUGUGGACUGCGUACCACCAGUCCAAGGGGUUCCUGUCCGCCGCCGUGCCAAUGGAGACGUACUUGCGGAUGAUCAACAGCGCGCGCAAGUACCCUCUCUUCGUCCUGCCGCUCGCGCGAGUCGCAGAACUCCCUGAGGGUCAGGAGGAUGCGUCGGCGACGGAAAUGCACCUUCUCGAAUGGUCGCUGCUGCCUCAACCCGCCGGCGUCAACGAACCCGUUCCUCCGCCCUCGACCGUCCUCUUCACCCCGCUCGCCGAGUACAAGGCUCGCCAAGAGUAUGCUCAGCCCUACCUCAUCCUCACGCACUACACCGACCUCGCCAACUCGCACAACGUUGUCCUCAUGCGCGGCGAGAUUACGCCGAACGUUGCCUUGAACUCGACAGACGCCCAAGUCCUCGCCGUCCGCAUGCAGCUCUUCUACAACGACACGGGCAAGGGCGGCGACAUUGAACAGGCGCGGAGAGAGUUGUUGAGGACGUUCCACGAGGCGCCGGAGGAGUUCAAUGUCGAGGCGCUCAUCAAGGCUGGCUCGAUCUCGGAGCUCUCGCCUUGA